AAUUCACCCAUCUAGAAGAGAUGAGCAAAUCUUCAUUGUCGAAGAAUGUUUCAAGUGAAAUAUAUGAAGAGCUACAGCACCCAAGUUUCUUCAAAAUUAUCAGAGGUGGUUUCAACGUCGAAAAAGUGAAAAUCCCUCCACCAUUUUGGAAGAGCAAGAAACGAACCCUACCGUCCGGUGGUGCCGCCGUCAUCUUGAACGGCCCAUUCGGUGGUUCCUGGAAGGUUCAACUCUCUCAUUCCGACCAAGGAACUUUUCUAACAGAAGGGUGGAAGAAAUUUUACGAAGAUCACGGCUUGGUGGAAAACGAUUUUCUGGAGUUCGUGCAAUCCGGAGAUUCGACGUUGAAUGUGAGAAUUUUCAACGACACUGGAGUUGAGAAGAUAAAAGGUCCAGCUGAUAAUCAUGUCAUCAUAAUUGAUGACGAUAAUGAUGAUGUUGUUGUCCCAAAACCUCCAGUUGUUGAAGUUCCGAUUGUGAAGAGGAAGAGAGGUAGACCACGUAAGAUCACAGUUGCGGAUAACUCUUUGCCCAUUGCACCUCAUUCCUCGUCGAAUCCCUCUGAGCUUGCUUUAGAAGGCCCUACGAAGACUGAUCAACAGGAUGUGGCGACUACAUCAAACAAGCAAGUGUUUCUCUCCAGGAAAGCGAAAAUUCUAUCCCAAUACGCUGAAUCACUGAGAGAUGAUCAUCAAAACAGUUAGCUGCAUAUGGAUUAAGUUUGAAAGGAGAAACUGGGAAAACAAGAAACGUGCUCUAGAUCUUUGUGAAUUAAGUUAAUUAAUAGUAUUAGUUUUGUUGUAUUGCCAGUAUUUGUGAUUCGGAGCAGUGAACUGACCAAUCCCUUUAAUUAUCUCAAAACGUGUUGGAUUAUUAUUUAAAGAUUUACAAAACAUUCACCUGAAUUGCUCCCCCGCCCGCAUAUCAUUCAUAUAUUUUUCUGUCUCGCUUCAUGAUAUUAUUCCAUGAUCAUGGAUCCAUCUAUGAAUGUGUUUGGAGG